AUGUCCUUGGUAUGUUUGACAGACUUUCAAGCACAUGCACGAGAGCGACUGUCGAAGUCAUCUUGGGAUUUUAUUGAAGGAGGAGCCGAUGAAGGCAUCACACGAGAUGACAACAUUGCAGCAUUUAAAAAAAUCCGCCUCCGUCCCCGGUUCUUAAGAGAUGUGUCAGAUGUGGACACCAGGACCACAAUCCAGGGAGAGGAGAUCAGUGCCCCCAUCUGCAUCUCACCCACAGCUUUCCAUUGUAUCGCCUGGCCUGAUGGAGAAAUUAGUACAGCAAGAGGUGCCCAAGCAGCAGGCAUCUGCUAUAUCACCAGCACAUAUUCCAGCUGUACCCUUGAAGACAUUGUUGCUGUUGCCCCCAGAGGCCUCCGUUGGUUCCAGCUCUAUGUGCUUUCAGACUGGCAGCUGAACAAACAGCUGAUCCAGAGAGCAGAAUCCCUGGGUUUCAAAGCUUUGGUGAUCACAGUGGAUGUACCCACAAUUGGCAAAAGGCGCCAGGACAUUAGAAACAAACUGAAUUUGCUGGCAAACUUAAUGCUAAAGGAUCUUCGAUCACCUGAAGAGAGAAAAUGUAAACCUUGUAUCCAGCAGCCUCUUGUGAACCCAUCUUUCUGCUGGGAUAAUAUCUCCUGGAUUCAGAGCAUAACUCGAUUGCCCAUCAUCCUUAAAGGGAUUCUGACAAAAGAGGAUGCAGAACUAGCAAUGAAGCACAAUGUUGAUGGUAUCUUUGUUUCCAACCAUGGGGGACGGCAGCUUGAUGAGGUCCCUGCUUCAAUUGAUGCAUUGACGGAAGUGGUGGCUGCUGUCAAAGGGAAAAUUGAAGUCUACCUGGAUGGUGGGGUUCGAACAGGCAAUGAUGUGUUGAAAGCUCUGGCCCUGGGAGCUAAGUGCGUUUUUGUUGGCAGACCGAUCAUGUGGGGUCUUGCCUGCAAGGGUGAAGAAGGUGUUGAGGAAGUUUUGAACAUUUUAAAAACUGAGUUCCACACUUCUAUGACCCUUACAGGCUGCCGGUCAGUGGCUGAGAUCAAUCGGGAUCUGAUUCAGCUCUCCAAGUUGUAA